AUGGACUGGCUCGAGCCCGACGACGGCCAGCACGUCGUCCUCGCCAUCGCCCGCCUGCGAGCAACAGACACAAAGGACUACAAAGGCCCGGUGUUCUUCAACCCAGGCGGCCCAGGCGGCUCCGGGAUCUGGGCGCUCAAGGACCACGGGUCGCAGCUCCAGGCCGUCGUGGGCCGCAACUUCGACAUCGUCACGUUCGACCCGCGGGGCAUCGGCGCGUCGGUUCCCCGGAUCGAGUGUUGGGGCUCGGCGCAGAGGCGGCAGAACUGGGCCAUGCAGGAGACGCCCGUCAUCGACUCGCACCCGGGCGUCAUGUACGACGUGUGGGCGCGCGCGUCCGCCUUCUCGCGGGCGUGCGAGGCGUCGCACAACGCCACGGGCCUGCUGCGGCACGUCGGCACGGCCUCGCACGCGCGCGACAUGCUGGAGAUCCUCGAGCAGAUGGGCGAGGAGAAGCUGCAGUACUGGGGCUUCAGCUAUGGGACUAUCCUCGGCGGGACGUUUGCCGCCAUGUACCCGAACAGGGUCAGCCGGCUUGUGAGCGAUGGCAACGUCGACUACCAGGAGUGGUAUAAUAGCCUGCACAUCAACUCUGUCCGUGACGCCGACAGUGUCAUGGCUGCUUUCUACCGGUUGUGCCACCAGGCUGGUCCACUGAAGUGCGCUUUCCACGGCGCAUCGCCCGACGACAUUGAAGAACGCCACCAGGCUAUCCUCGACCGGCUUCGCGUGCAGCCCAUCAUCUAUAUGCCAGAGACUGAUUUCGGGUCCGAGCUGCCGGAGAUCAUCACCUACUCCAAGAUCCGCCGGCUGGCAGCGACGUCUCUCUACCGCCCAAACUACUACUUCACCCACCUGGCCAACAUCCUCGCCGGGCUCGAGCAGGGAGACGGCAAGGUCUACUACGACUUCGUCACCCGCUACGGCCUGCCCUUCUCAGACGUGUGCACCGCGAGGCCCGUCCCGCCCGAGGAGCCCCUGACCAGCGUGGGCGAGGGCAGCGACGACGCCUUCCCCACGAUCCUCUGCGCGGACGGGCAGCCCCUGCCCGCGAGCCCGGUCGACUACGCGGCGCACGUCGAGGAGAUGGAGCGCGUGAGCCGGACCUCGGGCGCGGUCGUCGUCAAGGACCGCAUCGCGUGCGCGGGCCACCGGGUCCGGCCGAAGUGGAGCUUCGGCGGGCCGUUCGGGGCGAGGACGGGCCACCCGAUCCUGUACGUCGCCAACGUGGCCGACAACAUCACGCCGCUGGUCAGCGCGCGGAACAACUCGGCCGGGUUCGAGGGCUCGGUCGUGCUCGUGCAGAACUCGUAUGGUCAUACCAGCUUGGCUGCCCCGUCCGUGUGUACGGCAAAGGCCGUUAGGGAUUACUUCCAGACCGGCGCGCUGCCCCGAGAUGGGACCACGUGCGAGCCGGAGACUCUUCCGUUCGAUCUGCCUGGCCACAGCAUGGCAGGCGCCAGUGACGAAGACAUGGAGCUCGCUGAGGCGUCACGGCUGCUCUCAGCACAAGCAAAUUUCGGCCUCGGUGCCAGCCAGAGAAUGCUGUAG